AUGGCUCCUCCGAAACUCCUCGCCCCGACACCGGGCCGCCCUCAUAAGACCAAAGAUCAUAUAAUAACCGCUUCUACCAAGGCAACAACCGCCUGUUCAUCCUGUCAAAAACGCAAAAUAAGAUGUAUUGGAGGUAUACCAUGCUUGCCCUGCCAGAAUGCCAAAAUUGACUGUGUGAGCAACUUGGAAAACGAUGGCCGCCGGAAGAUUACUCUCAAACGCAAAAUCGAAGCCUUGGAGCAGGACCGCAACUUAUUGAUGCAACUCAUGGAUACGAUCCGCGAAGAUAACAAAGAAAAAUGCCCUAGCGUCCUAGACUUGAUCCGGAGUAAUGCGCCUUUAGAGGAGAUUAAGUUAUAUUUUGCGGAAAGUCUAGACCAAAGCAAUGACGGCAAUACUCCCCCAAAGCGCCAAGAAUCCGUUGGCAGCUCUGCCAGUACCCCUCGCAACGUGAUGGAUGUCAAGCGGAUAUGCGAUACUCCUAUAUACCCGGUUCCUGCGCAGCCAUGGACAUCUGUGUCGAAUGACGAUGCCCUUGUGUCACACCUGAUAUCACUUCAUUUUACCUGGAAUGGAAUCACAUCAAAUUGGAUUGACCGCGAUCUGUUUUUGAGAGAUAUGAGAUCUGGAAACCUAGAUGCCAACUUCUGUUCACCUUUGCUUGUUAAUAGUAUCCUGGCCAUGGCAUGUUCUUGUAUUAAUUGGUGGAACGUCAUCAGUUAA